CAAAAGGAACGUGUGCAAAAAAUGAACCUGUACAUCAUCUAAACGGUACCAGAUGCCCUCGGUGGAGUGAAAGUAAUAUCUGUACCCCCACAGACUCCAGCAGACGGCAGGAUGUCCAACAUCGAAUACCAACCGGCGGAGACCCUCACGGUACAGCUAUACCGCCCGGACCCAGGAAUCUCUUGGGGAUUUCGGCUCCAGGGAGGGGUUGAUUUCAGUACCCCCCUCUCUAUACAAUCGGUCAAUCCUGCAAGUGUAGCUGAGCGCAGUGGAUUGGAAGCAGGGGAUGGCAUCCUUUUCAUCAAUAACACCAAUGCAGAUGGUCUGUCACAUGAACAGGCCAAGAUGGAAAUCCUUAGGGCAGGGAAUGUCAUCAACAUGACUGUCCAAAGAGGUGCAGUCAAAAUUUGGAAACCUAAAGUCACCCCCAUGUCUGACCUUAGACCAGCUCAGAUGAACACCAUCAAAACAGCGACAGGGGAUGAAGUUCAGACCGUACAGAAAACCUCACUGACGAGAGAGCACCAGCCUGAACCACUGAACAUAGGAAGCAGCUACAACAGGUCUGGCAAGCCCUUCACUCCACAGUCUCCCAAACAGGCAGUGCCAAAUGUCGUCCAUGCCCAGUUUAAUUCUCCUAUUGGAUUAUAUUCAGCUAACAACAUAGCAGAUACUUACGCUGCUCAAACUGCGGGAAUUCAACAGCAAAUGCAGGGAUUAGACAUUGCUAAGACUCCAGUUGGAGCUAAAAUGAGUGGCACCUAUCAGCCACUGGAAGGUGAAGACAAUCCUGAGAGUGUUGUGCCUGUUGUGAAUUCUGAAGCUGAUGAUGUGACCCCUGUGACCUCUGACAACCAUUUGUCAUGUGACACCCAAAAUUCACCUUCUAACCAACCAGAAUCCAUAUCACAAAAUGAUACUAAUUUGCAUGCUGCAAAUGAAACAAAACUCACCCAGCCCUCUGGUUUCCGCUCUGUGAGGGCACCUGACCCAGUCACCCCCUCCCCCUCCAAACCCCAUCAGGAGAACAUGCACUGUGGAGACUGCAACAUGCUUGUUACAGGAGUGUUUGUGAGGGUUAAAGGAGUACCAUAUCACCCACAAUGCUUCAAAUGUACUUCCUGUGGAGUGAACCUGAAACAGAAAGGAUACUUUGUGGUAGAUGGAAGAUUAUACUGUGAGGUACAUGCCAAACAAGUUGCCCAGCCCCCAGGUCCAAACAUGAAGGCAGUUCCAGUUUAUCAAUGCAUGGCUUCUGUUCUUACAUUGGAGGCUAAAUUAGAAAGAGUUGAUCCCACAACACCAUGGGGAUUUCGAAUGCAAGGGGGAAAAGAAUUUGGCUGUCCAUUGACUAUUUUGAAGGUGAACCAAGGAAGCUUGGCUGCCAAGUGUGGUCUCCAACAAGGGGACAUAAUUCUGAAGAUCGGUAACCACGAGACGACAAAUCACAAACACAAAGAGGCCCAAGACUUAAUAAUCGGAUCGGGCAACAAGUUAGAUCUUCUACUGCAGAGAAUCCGUGAAAAAAAGUCUAUCUCUAAUCGGGGUGCCCCACCUCCUCAGCACACCUAUGAGAAGUUUGCGGCCCCCACAUUCAACUCUUACUCUGGCCCCUCAGGUGCCCCUCCAUCAGGCCCCCAGAAUUACAACACAGCAGCUAAACCCUUUGGAUCUCCAGCUCCCAGGCCUGAUGUCGACACUGUCACACAGCAAACUAGUCAACUCUCUUUCUCCCCGAAGCCAGCGCCCUCUGCGGUACCUCCCCCUGCUGCCCCAGCCCCUCCUCCACCCCCUCCCUCCCAGGCACCAGGGUUCUACAAUGCGGCACAGAAAUAUGCUGAUAAUGAAGAGAAGCCAGCCCCAUCUAAUUAUCAGUCACGGUCCUUCAAGUUUCUACAGGGCAUGAUGGACAGUGGACAAGAACCCCCCCAAGCCUUGCGGCCUGCUCCCGGACAAGUGGUACGAAGUGUCUCCCCCAGCACCACACAAAACAACUUUAACACCAAACCACGCCAGUUCAAUACCCCCCAAGGACUGUAUUCAGAGGAAAGUACCAAAAGUGCUAGUAAGCUUGUGAGGACAGAAGAAGAAGAGAAAGGCAGUGAUUUGGACAGCGAAGGGAAGAUUGUGUAUCGUCCAUCAGAAACAUUCAAAAUGGUGCAUGAACAAGACACCCCGAAAUCAGCCAAGCAUGAAGAUGAUUAUAAACCCACUCAUUCCAGAACAUUUAAAAUGCUCCAAGAGAAACUCGGAGCAGGGGACCAACCCUCAACACCUAAGGCCCCACCCCCGGCACCAGCUGCGCCAUCAGCUCCCAAACCAGGGGUCUGGACUCCUCCAAGUGCCCCUACUGCCAAGCCCUUCACCCCAACAGUUCAGCCCCCUGCCCCAGCUGCUCCAGGGGGUCCUAAGAUGGGACCGCCCAGGAACCCCACUGGCGUCAAUGCUGUGAGGGCCAAGAAAGGUGAAGCUGUGGUCUUCAAGAGUGGGGAGACACCCCCCGGAAUCUCUCGUAUCCCUGUCUGUGCCUCCUGUAGUGUUUCUAUCAGAGGGCCUUUUGUGGUUGCCCUGGGAAACACUUGGUGCCCUGACCACUUUGUGUGUCAGAAUCCUCGGUGUGGUCAGAAGCUGCUGGACAUAGGAUUUGUGGAGGAGGGGGGAUUUCUGUACUGUGAAAAGGACUAUGAACAGUACUUUGCUCCAACCUGCAACAAGUGUGGAAAACCCAUUGUAGGGGAGUGUGUAAAUGCCCUACAGAAGACCUACCAUCCAAGCUGUUUCCUGUGUUACCAGUGUAAGCAGCCCAUUGGUGGAAACCAGUUCCAUCUGGAAGAUGGCAAUCCUUAUUGUGAAAAUGACUGGAGGCAAAUGUUCCAGACCAUGUGCAAGGGAUGUGACUUCCCCAUUGAACCUGGGGAUCACUGGGUUGAGGCCAUGGGCAACAACUUCCACUCAGAGUGUUUUAACUGUUCAACAUGUGGAGUCAAUCUAGAAGGUCAGCCUUUCUAUGCCAAAGGAGGCAAACCAUACUGCAAGAAACACACCAGAUAAAGAUCCACACCUGAUAAUCUUAGAUUCCUCCAUCCAUGGCCACUGGACUGGAACCACCUCCUCCUGUGCAUGAUGUUCAACAUAGAUGUGAUAAAUUUGAAAAUUGUUCAGAUUCAGAUGAACUUUUGUGCCAAAAAUAGAUUGAUGACAAUGAAUAUUUUUAAGCAAAAUUGGUGUCAAUCACCUCUAUUAAAAAUAUACUAUUGUUAAGAAGUGCUGUUGUAAGCUGUAGAAAUAUUAGCAUGUUAUAACAUAUCACAUUAAUAUGAGGGUCACAGUAGCCAGUUUUUCAUGCUAGUCCAUUGAUAUUAUGUUUUACAUGUUAAACCAUGGUGACACCAUAGUUGAUUACCUUACAUAUAUUGGGUCACAGUGUGCCAGCAUUUCGGCAAUGAAUCUCAAUUUUUUUUAGAAGUAUUAACUUUAAGGCCAUGCUGUCGUCUUUGUAACUAUUCUAUAUAUAUGCAAUAACUUAGAAGCUGUGUACUAAUAAUUUUUAACAGUCAGGGUUGAUAUAUGCAUUUAGAUUUACUUGAAAAUUUAGAUCAGCAUUUUAUGACUUUUCAAACAUUCAUUAAAAAAAUCACAGUAAUGUGCCUUAGGUUCAUUUAAGAAAAUACAUGUAUCUAUGUAUUGUUGUCAUACAGAGUUACAUCUAUUUAUAGCCCAAACUACUGUAACCCCAAAUCAACAAUCAUUUCUUGAAGUUUUAGUUUCAGGCAAUGUCAAUGCCAGUAUCCUUUCUGUGCUUUAUGAGCUAAUUUUUGGAAUUCUUAAGAGCCAGCUGUUUACUGCUUAUAAGCUGUCAAUUACUAAGUAUUUGUUAAAACAUAGGUAUGUUUUAUGUGAUUAUGAAUUAUAUAAAGUAAAAUUAUAUAUAUUAACGUAAAUUUGAUUAGCAGUGCAAAUUGUUUGCUUAAGCCAGUUUGUGAAUGAAGUAGGAAUGUUUUAACAGUGGAGUAAUUAAACAUUAUUUACCCCUAA